AUGGAAUGCAAACCUUAUUUCAAUCUGCUGGCGCAAUUGCCAGGAGCUGACUCCCAGGAAACUAUUCCUGCUACACCACGGGCAUUGGAAGAGUCAAUGAAGCAAGUACGUACCAUGUUGGAAAAGGAAGCAGCUGCACGCAGCAAACCAGUGGCAACUCCAGCUCGGGGGGACACAGUGCCGGUGGAACCUGAAGAACCAACCAAAGAAUGGGAAGGAUCUCACUACUGGCAAGGUUGGGAUGAUGGCUAUGGAAGUUAUGGUUAUGGUUAUGACCAGUACGACUACCAUGGCUACCAGGAAUCACAAUGGACACCAGAUUACUGGCAACAUCACGACUCACCUUCUUGGUCAUGGAAAGAUGCCGGCCAUGACUGGAGAAGUGUUGGUUCCCAACCUACGGAGUACUUCACACCUCACAAGCCAACCUUGAACCGGAGUUUCUCCCUUGAGUCCCUGCCCUCGUUGACUUCUUCUUCAGCCUGUGGGAACUUGUUGAGAUCCUCAACUGUGGACCAGCUGGUGCAUCUUCAAAGUGCUCUGACACUACUCCCAGAGGGCCCUGAGAAGGAUGCCUUGCAACAGUUGCUUGGCACGCCUGUCAAGCAGACUCUGGAGCCAAGUUUAGCAGCAGUGGCAGAUAAUCAGCAGAAGGGCAGUGCUGACAACACAAAACCGGAGGAUACGACUACAACAGAGGCAGCAGGUCUGUCGGACCAAGCACCAGCACAUGCAACCACAGCUGAGCAUCCAACACCAAGCGAGGCAGUGAUGACCAGCGACGAAGGCCAACAGGCACCAGCAACAGCAGGCAAAAACAAUGCAACAGAGAAUCUUGCUGGCCAACCCAGCCAAUCAACAGCAAAUGCAAGCACAGCUAUGCCAAGAGCAGAACAGGCAAUCACAACAGAACCAGCAGCUGACUUGAAGAAUGUUGAUGGCAAACUUGGCCAAGCAACACCAGAGGCAAGCACGACCAAUGGUCAAGGCCAGCAAGCAUCAGCAGCAGUGGCAAAACCCAGCAACCCUGAGAACACAACACCGAAUGGGCAGACUGCAGCAGAGCCAGCAAGAGCAGUGGACCAGCAAGAGACAGAAGCACCUGCAAUCAAACCCAUGACAGUGGCUGUGGAGCAGAAAAACGAAGAAGCACCAGCCACAGCACCUGCAACCGAAGAGCAGAAAAAUGCAGAAGCACCAGCCACAGCACCAGCCACAGCACCUGCAGCUGAACCCAAGACAGUGGCCGCGGAGCAGAAAAACGAAGAAGCACCAGCCACAGCACUUGCAACCGAACAGCAGCAAAAUGCAGAAGCACCAGCCACAGCACCAGCCACAGCACCAGCCACAGCACCUGCAGCCGAACCCAAGACAGUGGCCGUGGAGCAGAAAAACGAAGAAGCACCAGCCACAGCACCUGCAACCGAACAGCAGAAAAAUGCAGAAGCACCAGCCACAGCACCAGCCACAGCACCAGCCACAGCACCUGCAGCCGAACCCAAGACAGCGGCCGUGGAGCAGAAAAACGAAGAAGCACCAGCCGCAGCACCUGCAACCGAACAGCAGAAAAAUGCAGAAGCACCAGCCACAGCACCAGCCACAGCACCAGCCACAGCACCUGCAGCCGAACCCAAGACAGUGGCCGUGGAUCAGAAAAGCGAAAAAGCACCAGCCACAGCACCUGCAACUGACGCCAGUACACAACCAAGUACAACAGGGACAGAAGCAUCUUCGAGCACGAAUGGUCAAUCGGCCACAGCACCUGCACCAGCAUCAGCACCAGCCAAGGAGAAAUCUGCAGCAGCAGAAGCACCACCACCAGCGCCCGAUGGGAAACGAAAAGCAGAUGCGCAGCAAGGUGACGACAAGCAACCCAAAGCUGCAAAGACAGGUGACGAGGAAAAGAAAAAAGAAUCCCCAGAGGCUGACCCAGAAGAGACUGAGAAGGAGAGGAAAGCAAGAGAGAAGCUUGAAGAAAAGAAAAAGGCUGCGCAUGCCAGGUACAUGAAAUACUUCAGGUCCCUGACAAGCCCAGCACUCAGUACUAUACGCAGAAAGGACCUCAUGUCAGUCCUUUACGAAAGUUGGAGUGAAGCUGGAGGAGAUUGGACCAAAAGCAAAAUUUACUUACAGUGCACAUCGACUGAGAAGACUCAAAAGAUGGGAGUGAGGGAAUGGAUGACCCGUCGUGAGCUAGAACAGCGCUUCGGUCAAGCUGGGGCAGAGGCAAUCAUAAUUCGAAAGGAAGAGACAGAGGAACUUCGGAAGAAUGAGGUCAGAGAUCACCCUGAAGCACCAGGGUGCCAAGAGAUGAGGCAAUACCUGACGUUGAACAUGGACAAGGUUGUCGACAGCAACGAAACAGUCAUCUCGAGGCUGUACAAGGCAGUCGAAGAAAACAGCUCGUCCUCGAGCAGCUCCAGCUCGAAAGACAGCAGCUCCAGCAGCGACAAAAAGAAGAAGAAGAGCAAGAAAAAGAAGUCAAAGAAGGCCAGCGGAGGCAAGAAAAAGGGCAACAAGGAGGAACAGAAGCCAAAACCAAAGAAACAAGCCAAAGGGAAGAAGGACAAGGAGAAAAAGGUAAAGAAGGAGGUGAAAGAAGAAGACGAAAACAAGUCAGAAGACGCAGAGCUGAAAGCCAAAAAGAAAGAAGUGGAGCGAAAGGCCAAGAAGGCCGUUGAUGCUGCCGGGAAGAAGAUCAAAGAUGCAAAGGGAUUUGAGGACAAAGCCAAUGAAUUGUCUGACAAGUUGCGCGAUGCAGUGGUGGAAGACAUCCAGACCUCAGUGCGAGACGUGUGCGCCGGCCGGGCAGCCUUGCAAAAGGCUUUGGAUUCUGACCAGGAUUGUGAACGGCUGGAAGGUCUCACUGGGGAUCUGCAUGGGUUGAUUGAGGCAUUUGAUAAGGCUGUGAAGCCUUGCAAAGGUAAGGCCAGUAAGAAGCCCAAAACGUCUUGAGAUCGAUGAUGAGAGAUCGAAACAUUUUGAUCGACCGAUGAUUGAUUUGGUAUCACCCUAGCUCCCGUUUGUGUGUUGAUGACACCUGUCCAAGGCCUUUCUGAAACAAUUUCCG